UUUGUUGAUUUCCAGUCAUCUAUCAAAGCCACAAGGUUCGAUCUCCAAUGAAGCACUGUACAGUUUCACAGCGAAUUGAUCUUUAACUUGUUCAUUGUUCAAGUGCAGAAUCCACGCGAAGAUGCUGUUUGUUCUGAGCGUUUCUUUUGUGCUAAACUGUUUGCAAAGUGUCUUUGCUCAAGAAAGUAAUGGCAGAAUACCACCUUCUCUUGUGUCUGUUAUUUCGUAGCAUUAUGAUGUAAACUCAGAAACUUCUGUUCACCUGCCUUCAUUUCACAGCCCUCAUUGUUUCUGUUUCACCUGUUCACUCGCCGCGGCAACCAUCUUGCAGACGUACACCAACUCCACCUUACCAGUCAUCACAUUGUAUCACUCACUUUUAGAGGUUCUUCUCGGUUCUCUGCCCAUCAAGUUGCUUCUUCCCUUAUCGGCAGGAAAACAAUCCAGCUUCAGACUUUAUGAAAGGAAUUCUGAAGCUAAUCUAAAGGAUGGAGACCCCUAACUAUUUCUCCCGACCCGACUUUCUGAAUAAUACAGAAGAGAGUAUCCCAAAUAACGCAUUCCGAAACCCAGGUAAUUUGAAGCAGACGCUGGCUGCAAAGCCUCAUAAACCGGGUUUCAAAUCUGAGCCUAGCAAUGAUGUAUCACUUGAUGCAAAUCAUGCACAGGCGGCUAGACUAUCCGGGCAGAUGAUGACGAGUUAUUUGCCAGCUGGGAACUCUGAAUAUGCCACGCCUUCUUAUCAGAGGCCUCUUCUCCGAGAGAAUGCCAAUAUGCGGGAAGGAACCAUUAACGAUGGCUAUCAAGGUCGAGGCCAAUCUCAGCAACGCUCCACCAGAGCCCGUACACGAAACACACAAUUGAAACCUUUGGCAAAAGAGACGAUUGUGAUUGACGUCGAUGCCGACGAGGAUGACGAUGAAGUGCAGAUUUUGAACGAGUCACCUAUCAAAGUUCCCCGGAAAUCCGAGAGGUCUCAGGUUCCUUCAAGACUCGCUCCUUCAAUCAAGCGCCCGAUCGAGCUAAAACAAGAAGAGACCGUUACAGAGACAAAAGUCCGACCUCUGUUAGCUUCAGUCAAAACUUCACCCCGCCGGCCGGAGGCUAGGCGCUCUCCAAAUGCUGCCAGUGAAGCCGUUAACCAGCGCCGGUCUCUUGACUCAGAUACUCUGUUGGGUUUAUACUCAAAACAAAGAGACUCUGAGAAGCAAGAGGCCGUUGCAAUACAGGAGAAGCUCAAAGCUGAGCUUUUGAGCACUCAACAGGAAUGUGGACAUUUCCAAUUUGAACUUGACAAGGCACGACGUGAAAAGGACGAGUACCGGAAUGAGGUGAACAAAUCUUCCACUAUCCUGAGCAACUAUCGAGAACGAAUCUCGCAGCUGGAGAAAUUUCUAAAAGGUCUAGCAAGCGAUCGCGAUUCUCUCCGCAACGAAGGUAAUGAUAUUCAGCGACUAUGUCUCGAGAUGGAGGGAGCAAAAGAGGAUUACGCUGGAGAUUUGCAAGCAAUUAAGCAGUCAGCUGGACUAUGGGAAACUUUCCGAGCUCGUGGAUGGGAGAUAUAUGUCCGAUCCUUGACCGAGGCCCGCUGUCAUAUUGACAAUCUCCAGCAACAAAUUAAUCUGCAGCAACAGCAGCUCGAGGACAGCGUUGGCCGUCUUGCAGAAGCGCGAGAUCAGAAUCUUGACCUAGAGAAGAGAAACAAGCAGAAUAUGGAUCUGUAUAAAGAUCUAGUCGGCAUGCUCGACAUGGGAAACAUCAACAUAUUGGCGAAGCUGGGCGAGAUAAGACAAGAAGUACAGGAGAAGGGACUGAAUGACUUUUAUGGAGAGAAGCUCGAGGAGUGUUUCAGCUUACUGCAACAUCUUGAUGACACAAAGGAAGAAAGUCGGAAGGCAAUCGAGCAGGUUAACGCAAGCGUCUCAUGCGUAUCCGGCGAUAUGAAAGACAAUUUCCAGACUUUACUUGAGCAUCAAACAGAUAUCCGACAGGAUCAACAAGAUCACGCGUCUCUCAUGAAAGAUGACAUCCAAAGCUUAAAAUACCAAAAGCAGACUGAGAGCAGACUGGUCCAGGAAACCACAGACCUUCGCGAGCAAAAGGCUAUUAUUGAAGAAAGACUAGCCGCAAAAGAGCGAGAGGUCGUAGACUUGCGUGAGCAUUUGAGCCAUGCCGAGUCACUUUUCGAGAAAAGAACCGGGAGGUUGAAUCAUGAUAUUAGCGUCCUAAAAUCCGAGAGCGAGGAAGCAGAGCGCAUCAAGGCCGAGCUUGACGAAGCACGACAAAAACAUGACUUACUGCAGGGCGAAGUUGCCAAGGCACAGGAAAUGCUAGAAUUCCGCAUUCAACAGGAAGAAAUAAAGAUUGAAGAGAUGCGCUCAUUAAAGCGGCUCUACCAGAUUUCUCAGGAUGAAUUGAACGAAGCACACUUGAAAAUUGAUAACCUCGAACGGGAGCGGGAUGGAGUAAGAUAUUCGAGGAGCUCGGUAUGGUCUAUCACACAGCUGACCUGAAUUAGCAUGAGACCAAGUUCAACGGACAUAAAAAGACAAUGGAAGAACACGCAAGAAUUUACAAAGAAAAGCUGGCUAUCGAGCACGAAAACAAAGUACAUGGACUGGAAUCUGCAAGGAACGAUCUUAAUAGGAGAAUAAGCCUUUUGGAGGAGGAGAUCAAAAAGGAAAAGUCUGUCAAUCAGGAUAAGGUUCGUUUUCAUGAUUUAGAGGCAAUGGAAAUUGAUGUUGCUGACGGAUUCGUAGAGCGGGAAAGUGGCUUCUUUGGAAGCAGAAAUGGGCAGUAAAAUCAAAGAGGUAAAGUCGAAAAUUUACCUGGACUGGAGAAUGAAUGCAACUAAAA